GCUGAAUAUCCAUCAUCUGCUCGCCCGCACACAGCCGCACAUACUAAACUGAGUGUAGCUUUUAGCUCUAUUACAAUCCUAAAGGUAUCUAACAGAAUGCUUGUUUCUCUUUUAGACCUACCGAGUGAGCUCCUAGACCGAAUCGUCGAGCUUGUGUCGCGCUACGAAAGCCCGGGUCCCCGACGGUUCCCUGCCCGCAUGGCAAAACUAUGUGCCUGAUAUGCGCGCAGACGAGGAUAUCCUUUCAGGGGGCUACGGCGUUUUCCAUGUCAAGUACUGGAGGGACCAGGAACAAUACCAUGACGCUUGGACAUCGAAUCCUUUAUCACUUCUCCUUGUCAAUCAUCAGAUCUCCGAAGUAACCAAGAGAAGACUGGAUAGUUCAUUUACGCUUUCCUCGUUCCAGCUCGAUGUUAUCCUGAACAACGAGGGGGAACUACAUCCAAGAUGGUGUUUCUUACGUAUCCCUGUCGCCAUGUCGAUGAUCGAACGGCGACUUUUAGGGUGAUAGGCACCAGUCAAACGCCAGGUUGGCGCAAAUACCACCUUCUACCAGACGAGGACUCCCCGCCUCGAAUUCUCUGGGCCUUCUACUAUCUGUUAGAACGCUUCCUAGAAGUUGGCCCCUUGGCGGAGCACAGAGUGACCAGGCCUGGACCCCGUACAGAGGAUAUGCCCUUUACGAUCAACCGGUUAACCUUAGAUUUUGUCUCGCCGGCUAAUAAGGAAAUGUUAGCACCUACGGAUCUGAGCUUUUGGUCCUGGCUAAACGGGGACACCGAUGAAGACUAGCCAGAAUCAUCUACAUCACCUUGUAGCGGUGCUUUCAACUUGCUUAUGCGACCGCAAUGGUGGGCCGAUCUUAUCAGUGAAUAUGUUGGGUAUCUUCUCGGCAUGAGUAUCUCUAUGGCACCUUACGGAAAGGUGCUGUAUGAGUAUGUGGGAAGUAUCAGGACCUGCGUCGACGGGAAAUUGAUGAAGAGCUAUCGAAUCGACUACAGGUUAAAGGAUCUGAAUUAUGAAGGUCUGGAAGAAGAUUAUAGAAGGUAUUGGGAUUUUCGACGGUGGAAAGAGAAGGUUUAUCAGAUGCGUCAAGAGGCUGGGCUCCCUGUUAUUUUGUGACCAAUAUUGGUCUGGACUCUUCGAUCAUCGGUCUAGAUUGUCUGUUAUAUCUUUUCUAUUCCCAUAUUAAGUGGCGUAUAGCGUUUGUUCGCCUUAACUCUGCGUUGAGAUUCUCUAGCAUCACUUUGAGAGGUGGGGAUAAAGAGGUUUGGCCAGAGAAUCUCCAACUCUAUUGUGGUUUUAGUUUAGCACACUAUGGCUAAUAUCCGCUGUAUUGUCCCUAGAGAGGCCCUCCUAGCUCACUACAUUAGUAGGGAUGGCUUCCAGCAUGAUUUUUGACAGGCACGGACUAAAU